AUGGAAAGCAAUAAGAGGUUUUCUAGGUUUGUGCUAAACAGAACGUCAACUGACGCUGCGAACGAUGACUUCGAGGUGGUAACCUCAUCCUACGACAUUGACUCACUAUACGAACCAAAACCAAUUCCUGGACAUAAAUUCAAUAUCAGCACUUUCGACCAAUAUGAGCGUAUGUAUGGAGAGAGUAUAUCUAAUAGUGACGAGUUUUGGGGUAAAAUAGCCAAGUCAAGUCUACACUGGAUUUCACCCUACACCAAGGUGUCCGAAGGUGAUUUUGUGGAUAAAAACUACGCAUGGUUCCUGAACGGAAAGCUGAACGCCUGCUAUAACUGCGUUGACAGGUGGGCAGAGGUUCGGCCAGACGCAGUAGCUAUAAUUUACGAAGGAGACGAACCUGAAGACCAGCGCAAAGUGACGUUCAACGAGUUAAAGAUGAACGUAUGCAAAGUUGCAAAUGUGCUAAAAAUGCUUGGAGUGCGCAAAGGAGAUUGCGUGACCAUUUACAUGCCCACAAUCCCAGAACUGUGCUACUCAAUACUUGCGUGUGCUCGACUAGGAGCAGUACACUCUGUAGUCUUUGGUGGCUUCUCAGCCACGUCACUAGCUGAAAGAAUUCAUGACUCCAAUUCACAUAUCGUGAUAACUGCCGAUGGAGGAUUGAGAGCGACAAAGCAUAUAAAGACGAAGGAUAUAAUGGACGACGCCUUGACGCGAUGUGCGUUUGUGACACACUGUCUGGUCUUCCGCAAUAUCGGAUCAGAUGUGAAGAUGACGCCAGGGAGAGAUCUCUGGAUGCACGAAGCCAUGGAAUCCGUCAGACCCUACUGCCCAGUUGAGACGAUGGAUAGCGAAGAUGUCUUAUUCAUAUUAUACACCUCAGGAUCCACUGGAAAACCUAAAGGAUUAGCGCACACGACGGGAGGAUAUUUGGUGUAUGCAUACGCAACCGUUAGGUACAUCUUUGAUAGCCACGAAGGUGAUGUAUUUGGAUGUAUGGCGGACGUCGGAUGGAUUACAGGCCAUACUUACGUGAUAUAUGGACCUCUUUUGAACGGAAUAACGACAGUGAUGUUCGGUUCCCUUCCGAAUUACCCUACACCAGAAAGAUACUGGAAUAUUGUUCAGGAGCAUGGGUUAACGCAGUUUUAUACUGCACCCACCGCAAUUAGAAGUUUAAUGAAGUUUGGAGAUGAUCCACUAAAGGGACACAACUUGAGUAGUUUGAGAGUAUUGGGAAGCGUAGGAGAACCAAUUAACCCUGAGGCCUGGAAAUGGUAUUACAAUGUGGUAGGAAAUGGAAAGGUACCUGUUGUAGACUCCUACUGGCAAACUGAAACUGGAGGGAUAAUCAUAUCCCCAAUUCCAGGAGUAACCUUCACAAAACCGGGUUCAGCCACUUACCCGUUCUUUGGCAUAGAAUUGGCAAUAAUUGACGCAAACACUGGCGAGGAACUGGAAGGAAAUAAUUGUUCGGGACUUUUGUGCAUUAAAAAACCCUGGCCCGGCAUGUUUAGGACUAUUUUCGGCGACCAUUCUCGAAUUCACGAGACUUACUUCCCCACAAAAUACCCCUAUUACUUCACUGGCGACGGAGCCUUCAGGGACAAGCACGGCUAUAUUUGGAUCUCAGGCCGUAUUGACGACACCAUUAACGUCUCUGGACAUAGACUCUGUAGCGCAGAAAUCGAGUAUGCCUUGACUCAAGUCGACAUUGUGUCUGAGGCCGCCGUCGUUGGAUACCCACACGCCCUCAAAGGGCAGGGUAUCUUCUGCUUCGUCUCCCUGAAGGAGGCGAGUCUCAGACUCCCUAAGGAGGAAGUCAUUGGCAGACUAAAGAUGAGCAUAAGGCAUUACGUCGGCCCCUUUGCGACCCCUGAUGUCGUUUUAAUCACGCCCAACCUUCCUAAAACCAGAAGUGGGAAAAUCAUGCGCAGGAUUCUCAGGAGACUCGCCUCGAAAAAAUUCCACGAUUUCGGUGACGUUUCCACCCUGGCGAACCCUGAGGUCGUUCACCAACUCAUCGAAGACGUUAAGCAAGUCCAAUAA